AUGGAAAAUAGGAAUAACAUCACAGAAUUUAUUCUCUUAGGAUUUUCUCAGCAAAAGGAAGUAGAAAUAUUAUUUUUCAUAAUAUUUUUACUUUCCUACAUUGCAAUUUUGGCAGGAAACCUGCUUAUAAUGAUUUCUGUCACCUGCAGCCAACUUAUCCAGCAGCCCAUGUAUUUCUUCCUGAGUUUCCUCUCACUCUCUGAUCUCUGCUAUACCUCCACUGUGACACCCAAGUUAGUCAUUGACUUGCUGGCAGAAAAGAAAACCAUUUCCUACAAUGGCUGCAUGACACAGCUCUUUACCAUGCACUUCUUUGGGGGGAUUGAGGUCUUCAUCCUCACAGGGAUGGCCUAUGACCGCUAUGUGGCCAUCUGCAAGCCUCUGCACUACACUGUCAUCAUGAGCAGAAGGACAUGUGGGGUCAUUAUGGCUGCUUCCUGUUUUGGGGGUUUCCUGCACUCCUUUGGUCAGUUUAUGCUUGCAAUUUUCUUGCCCUACUGUGGUCCUAAUGAAAUAGAUCACUACUUUUGUGACGUCUAUCCUUUGCUGAAACUGGCUUGUACUGAUACCAGCAGAAUUGGACUCUUGGUCAUUGCCAAUUCUGGUUUGAUGGGUCUAGUGAUUUUGGUUGUCCUGUUGAUAUCUUAUGCUGUAAUAUUAUACACUGUCAAGUCCUAUUCCAGAGAGAAUCGUCGCAAAGCUCUUUCCACAUGCACUUCCCAUAUUACAGUGGUGGUCCUGUUUUUUGCUCCCUUACUCUUUGUUUAUAUUCGACCAGCAACUACUUUACCAGAAGAUAAAGUGUUUGCAUUAUUUUAUACUAUCAUUGCUCCCAUGCUCAAUCCUCUGAUAUACACAUUAAGGAACAAUGAGAUGAAGAAUGCCAUGAAGAAGCUAUGGUCCCAAAUUAUGGGAAGAAGAAGGAAUAGACUGAAAGACAUUCCUGCUUCUCACCACAGAGCUUGUUGA